AUGGAUGAUGUUAGUUUCCGAUUCAGACCAACUCAACAAGAGCUUCUGUGGCUUCUUGAGCGUAAAGCUCGUGGCGAAGAAAUCUCAAUGUACACAAAAGACGUUCUUGAAAAGGAGUUGUAUGGUGCUGAGGCUAGUAAAGAGCCCUGGAACGUUUUCUCCAACGUCCCUCACAACAAGUGGGAGCUGUACGAUGAAUCAGCCGGGAAGAACAACAAUACCAAAAGGGUUGUUUACGUUGUAACUAAACUGUCUCAGAUGAGCGCGAAGAAGAUUUGUAGAUCGGCCGGUUGCGGAACAUGGAGCGGGGAGACGACCAACAAGCCGGUGAUGGACUUGCAAGGUGGCAAAGUUAUGGGAUAUUUUAAACAGUUGAAUUACACGGUGAAAUCAAAGGCGGCGCGUAAAGCAUCUUGGUACAUGCACGAGUAUUCGCUGUCGGAGCAAGUUCUGAAACAACCCGGGAUUAAAAGCACCGACUACGUCAUCUGUCGCAUAGUUAAGGAUAACUCGAAAGAUUGUAAGAUAAAGGAUUCAUCAAAGGGUACUUCUACUUCUUCGGCAAGUAAUGCAAAGAUGGUUGGUCGGAAGCGCAAGGAUAGUCGUGGUGACGUGACAAAUCAUGAUCAAGAAGAUUAUUUAUCUGGAGAAGUCAUGGGAUCAGUUGAAUUUCCUCAGCAAGAAGAAGGAGUUGUGUCCCAAAAUAAUUGUUAUUGUAAUUUCCCCAACAAUGAUAGUACUAGUACUACCAUGGUUGAUGAAAGCAUGUCAUAUUCGGGGUAUAAUCAAGGUGUUGAUGAUCAACAAGUAGUUUAUCAGUCGGAAGAAGGAGUUCCGGUUCAAAAUGAUUGCUAUUAUAACUUUCCCAACAAUAGUACUAGUAUUACUACGGUUGAUGGAAGCAUGUCAUAUUUGAAUUAUGAUCAAAGCGCUGAUCCACAGGUAGUCCAUGAGCGGGAUGAAGGAAGCCAACAAUCAUGGAGUGGAACUACAAGUAAUCCUAAUAUUGUUUGCGAUGUCGCACCACCACUACAACCACCACCGAUUCAUGUUGAUCAGCCAAUUUAUAAUCUUCAUCAAGAACUUAAUGAGAUGGCAGACUCAUUUUUAGCUGAGCGGGAUCCUGACGGGAUGAUGCCGAUGUUGUUUGAUGACAAGGAGUCAUUCCAAGUGGAGCAAGCAACAGAUACCUUGUGGCAUUUCGAAUAA